AUGUUCGCCACCGACGCCGCUGAGGAGCUGAACCCGCGCGAGGCCACAGCCUACAGGACUAUGUUGGGAAAGGUGCUCUAUAUGAGCAACGAGCGGCCGGACGCCCAAGCAGUGAUCCAGAACCUUUCCUCCCGGGCGGCCAAGCCAACAGCCAAGGCGAUGAAGUUGAUCAAGCACCUGGUUGGGUACCUUUGGGGGACCCAGGGUUAUGGUGUCAACCUCUGCCUGGCCCCCGGCAAGUCUGUUAUGAACUUCGCGCGCGGCAAGCUGACCCCCGACGAGCCCAUCACCGAGCACCUUGUGGAAGGCUACUCCGACUCCAAUGUCGCCAACGACCGGACCACCCGCAAAAGCCUGAGCAGCGGCCAGAUCUACAUCGACCAGGCGCUCAUGUAUAGCUUUGUGCGCGGCCAGAAGGUGGUUACCUUGAGCUCUGGCGAGGCGGAACUUGUCGCCUUGACCCAGGCCACCAGCGAGGCGAUCUUGGUGCACAAGGGCUGGGUUUGGACCACACAAGAGGAGGCCAAGCUGGUGAUGAGGAGCCUGAGGAGCGACUCGUCGGUGGCAAGAGCCAUCGCAAGCCGGCUCGGAGUCGGCCGAGUGAGGCAUUUGCAAACAAGCUGCCUUUGGAUACAGCAGUGGGUGGCAGCCAAAACGCUACGUGUGGCGGCGGUGCCCACCCAGUUCAACCCAAGCGACAUGGGCACGAAGAGUUUGCAACAAAGGCGGCUGAGGAUGCUGUGCUUCCUGGCUGGCAUGGUGGACGACCAUGGCAACCACAUUGGCCAGGAGGAGCACGCCGAAGCGCUUGGCCGAGUCCGAGAUGUUUUGGGACGUUCUGGCGGCGACCUUAUGGUGAGGAUGGUGCAGGCCUUGAUGGUUAUGACCAUGCAGGGCUGCAGUGGCCCGGACGGCGGCCAAGCGGGAGUCUACCUGGAGGCGGUGUUGUUCUACUUCCUGGAGGUGUUCUACAACAACCCGGUCUUCUUCCUUGCGGCCCUUCUGACCUACGUGCUGGUGACCAGCAGGUGGACCCUGAGCUUCAGCGUCUCGAGCCGAGGCCCAGCCGGCUCAGACGCAGCCACCCAGACGGACAACAAGACCGCCGACAAGAAGGAGAGCAAGCCCAAGGGAACCAGACCCAACAAGCAGCCCGAGAAGGAGACCAAAAGCCAAAGGGAGCCACCCCGUGAGCCAGAGACACUGGAGGAGGCGAGACAGAGGCUGCACGAGACCCUGACCUACGAGGACCUCUUCACUCCGGGACCAGGGCUUGAGCAGGCUACGGAUGUAGCCCCGGAGCCGGCGGCCAGCGCUUCCUCGUCGGCUACACGAUUCCCCUCAGGGAGAUCUGAGGCUCGAGUGGCUUUGUCUGUACAGAGACGCGGUUUCCUGGAAUGCGCUACCAAGUGCCUGAGCGGGCACGACCUGGACACCGAGUGUUGGGUGACGGAAUUCGGGUAUGCUUAUCACCGCCGCUCCUGCGGCAACUUGAAGCAUGCCAAGAAUGUGAAAAGAACGACGGCCCGAGAAGCCAUUGAGAAUGGAAAGGCGGCGUGCAACCAGUGCUUUGCAGAUCACUGGGUGCCGACCGUCAAGUACAGGUGUCUCCUUAGCUGCCCGUUGCCGGUAGUGUGUGCUUCCUGGAGCCGCCACGAGGGCGGUAACGAAAGUUGGUUGGGCGCUAGUCAGGGCUCCUUGCGGGCCCCACUUUCCAUGGCGGCUGGAGCAGCCACGGCGGCAGCGGCAGCCUCGCAAGCCGCAGCAGCGGUUUUGAGUACCACCGAGGCCUUCCGUCGCACCGACCUCCUGAGGACCCUGGUGCAGAAGCCCGACGUCUACAAGCCCACGACAAGGGACCAGGAAAUAGAGUCCUGGUCGGACUGGAAGCAUGGACUCAAGAACUACCUGUCCGUGGUGGACGCAAAGUACGUGGAGGAGAUGGAGGUGAUCGAGAGCGACCCUUCCCGGCCGUCUUCGAUCUCUACGAUGGCAGAUGACACAAAGCGAAGGGCCCGGGAGCUUUACUCCAUCCUGGUGUCCUUCAUGCGAGGGCGCCCGGCCAAGCUGGCCCGGGCCAUCACCGACCAGAACGGGUACGAAGUCUGGAGGACCCUGACAAUGGAAAUGCAGCCCUCAAGCAGGCAGCGCCAAUUGGCGCUGGUGGCGCAGCUUUCCACGGUCCGCUUCGACCCGGCCAAGUCGCUCUCCGAGCAGGUGACCCGCUACGAGGAGAUCAUCGCUGAGUAUGAGCGGAUAUCUUCUUCGAAGUUCUCCGAGGACCUCAAGAUAACGACUUUGGUGCAGGCUGCCCCUGCAGCCUUGCAGGUGCAACUUCAUAUGAGCCUCAACGCGGAGACCACCUACGCCAAGCUACGAGAGCAACUUUUGGCCUACGAAAGAUCGACAACGCACUGGCAAGCGAGCUCUACCUUGACUCUGCCGACGACCUCUACGACCUCCCAGGACACCGGCGGCCCCAUGGACGUGGACCGCGUGGAGCGCGAGGCCAAGGGCAAGAAGGGCAAGGAUAGGAAAGGCAAGGGCGACCCAAAAGGAAAAGGAAGAGGGAAAGGUGGCAAGAACGACGCCAUCGCCAAGCCCAAGGCGAAGCCGAAAGGUGAGUGUUGGUAUUGCGGCAAAACCGGGCAUUUUGCCCGAGACUGCAGGGCAAAGGCCAAGGAGGGCAAGGGCAAGGGCGGCGGCAAAGUUCAGCAGGUGACCCAGGAGGAGACGCCGACCCCACCACCGAGCUCUUCCUCGCUGCCCCCGUCUUCGGCGAGUACAUUGUCUACAUCUACGGCCGCGACUCAGCAACAGCCCAGAGCCGUGCGCCGUGUGAGAAUGGUGACUCCGCCAGGCGUUCCCAGCUGUGUGGUGUACGACAUCUCCGAGGACACCCUGCCGGCUGAGGACCAGGACCGGGACGAGGACGAGUACUACGCGGUGUGGGCCGUAAGGUUUGGAAGUGGACGGGGCACGGCCCAAGGGAGCCACGACCCCAGCGACGAGGACAUCCUGGACACCGGCGCCGACGCCUCCAUGGUCCCAGAAAGCUUGCGAGAACUGGGGGCUGCAGUGCCAAGCAAUGUUUGCCCGCCUCGCCUUUGCGAUGCCCAAGGAAACGCUAUUCCUACCCACUCCCUUCGCCAAUACGAGUUCUGGCUUCGGAACGCCAAGGGCAAUGCCUACUGCAUCCGCGAGGUGUGCGUGGUGGGCCGUGUCAAGGUACCUUUGCUGGCGGUGGGGAAGCUGUUCCGCAAAGGCUGGAGUUUAGUGCAUAAAGAUGCGGGGCUUUCGCUUGAGGAGCCCUACGGCCUCCACCACACCCCCGUGAAGUUCAAGAACAACUCCCUGGCUGUGGCGGGGGAGAUUCGGGCGAUCACCGAGGUGCCGCGGACUUUGCCACCGCGGGUGCCGAAGGUGACACUCACUGAAGAGAUGCAGGGCCUUGUGGGCAAGGAAGGGAUGCACGUGCUGGCGGACGGCACCAAGUUUCACUGUACCGCCCGUGCCAGCCACCUCCUUGACGCGAGGCCGUGGUACGACCCGAACUUCUUCAAGGCCAGGACGACCCUUUUCCAGAGCAACUCCGGGCAAUGGCUGCAAGUGGAAAACAGCGCAGACUACGUCAACGAGCCCAAUCUGUUUACCUUAGCCAGCAGCCACCCGAAGCCCCGGAUUACAAUGAUUUCGUCUUCGCCGUUCUCUGUGGACUUCUUCCCGGAGGGCGGGGUGCCACCCAAGCCAAGCGAGGAGCUGCUGAGGCUCUACCCGCAGCCCAUGGAAGACGUGGCGGCACCCAGCAUGCCAGAUGACGUGGCGCCACCAAUGACGCCAUGGGACGAGAACGCCCAGAACACCAGAGGACGAGAACCCACAGAACACCGAGGACGAGAACCCGCAGAACACCAAGGUCCCGAACCCGACGGCGAUGAUCUAGCGAUGCUACCGCAGGGUCUGGAGCAAGAGGAGCUUGAGGCGUAUGCCGCGAACAAUGCCGCAGAGCAGCUCCAAGGUCUUGACCGAAGGGACCCGGUGCCACGAUCACAGCCAGAAGGCCCACCGAGCGCAGAGGAGGUGGCAGCCCACAACUUGACACACGUGCCGUUUCAGCGUUGGUGCGAGAGCUGUGUGGCAACAAGGAGCCGAGCCGAUGCCCACCACACCGGAGCCAACCGUGAGACUAAGGUGCCUGUGGUGCAAAUCGACUUCUACUUCACCUCCCUCGACGACCAUGCCAGGCCAGCCGGACAAGGUGAGCAGGACACGUGCUGCUUGAUUGGGGUCGACCUCGAGACCAAGAUGGUGCUCUCCGUGCCGGGCCCCAACAAAGGAGCAGUCAUUUUGCACAGGGCGGCCGAGGAGGUCACCCGCUUCACUAUUUCCCUCCAUGGCGACGAGGCUGUGAUUUUGCAGUCUGACGGGGAGCCCGCCAUCAAGGCUGUUGCCCGAGCCGUGGCCGCAGCCAGGAGCAAGCUUGGAAAGAAAACCUUGCAGCGAACUACGCCUGUGGCGGCCCACCAGAGCAAUGGAGGAGCAGAGCGUGCAGUGCAAACCGUGAGGCGUUUGGGGACGUGCCUUUUCCACGCCUUGGAACUCAAAGCCGGGACUUUCCCGGCGGACACGCCUUUGAAACUGUGGGCCCAGGUCCACGGGGCUUUCCUUUACAACCGGUUCCACGUGCUGCCUGGAGUCCUGCAGACCCCCUACGAGUUGGCGUAUGGCGGCCGGAAGUUCACCAAGGCCCUUUGCGUUUUUGGGGAAACUGUGUUUGGACAGGUCUUGCGGACACACAAGGGCGAGCCCAGGUGGAUUAAAGGCCUAUGGGUUGGUAUGAGCACCACCUCCGGGGCAAACCACCUGAUGACCACCUACGGCCACAUCCAGAGCGAGAGCGUCCGCCGGGCCAGCGAGGAGCAGCAGCUUACAGCGAACCAGGUGGAGGACAUGUGCAUCACUGGUUGGCCCUGGAACCGAGACCAUGUGGAGCAGCCCCGACGGCGCAAGAAGGAGCCGCGCCGAGCCGAAGCAGCCCCGACACUGGAAGCAGGAGUCCAGCUACCUCUUGGUGCUCCCCCAGGGCACCCACUUCUUCCGGAGGAGGACAACGAGGCACAAGCAGUCGAGGCAGCAGCCAAGGGCAAGGAGGUUGACACCGACAGUUCGGAGGAGCUGCGCCCAGCCGACCCGAAGGAGCCCAUCGAGAAGCCCGUCGUUCUCACCGUCGUUUUCGCCGCUGUCCGACCCGGAGACAGCCCAGCGACCAAGCGCAAGGCCGAGGAGAUGAGCGGAGGAGGCGGCGCGGAUGCUACAACUGAGCCCGCCGAGGUGGUUCACCAACCGGGCCCCGACGAGGCCAUGGACUCAAAUGAGGAGUUUGCAGUCCGUUUGGUGGAGACCGUGGACGCUGCCUGGCACGAGGCCUGGGAGCACACCGCCUAUGGUGAGGCCGAGGACUUUGACGGCGAACAGCCGCCCGACCUCAGCCCCGAGGACCUUGCCGAGCUGGACGACCAAGCUGAAAUUGAGGAGCUCACCCGCCUGGAGGGCAUGAGCGAGCAGGCCGAGCACCUCAGCACGGUCUUUGUGAAGACGUGGAAGAAGGGACCCGACGGAUGGUUCAGAAGGGCCAGGCUGGUGGCGAGGCAGUACCGCUGGGCCUCGGAUAUGCUCGAGGAGGACACCUUCAGCCCAGCGAGUGUGAGUACCUUGGCGCGUUUGGUGCCACUUCUGGCCCAGAAGUGGGGCACCCCAAUCUACAUCAUGGACGUCAAGGACGCCUACCUUUGUGUUCCCCAGCCGGAGGACGAGCCCGUGGUUGUGACGGCCCCGCGGUCCUACGUGAACAAGUUCGGUGCCAGCAAGACCUGGAAGCUUGGGCGAGUGCUGCCGGGACAACGGCGAGGCGCCCAAGAGUGGUAUCACCAGCUGGCCGGCGACCUCACCAACGCCAGUCUGGAAUCCAUGCCAGAGGUGCCGACCCUCUACAGGGCCAGUGGCAGUGGCGAGCGGUACGUGGCACAAGUGCACGUUGAUGAUAUUAUGGCCACCGGGGACGCUGAGCCCCAUGGCCGGGUGGAGAAGGACCUCACCAACCGGUACACCGUGAAGAUUGCCGGCCCCUACCAGCAGCCCGGGGACGAGUUCGAGUUUCUUAAGCGACGGUACCAGAUCCAGAGCGAUGGUUCCAUCACUGUUCGUGCCCCGGUGCGGCUGUACAACGACCUCUUCGAGUUGGCCGGCCGACCCAAGGUGAAGGCAACCCCGGGCCCUAGCGGCCAAGACGAUAUGUUCGCCACCGACGCCACUGAGGAGCUGAACCCGCGCGAGGCCACUGCAUACAGGACUAUGUUGGGAAAGGUGCUCUAUAUGAGCAACGAGCGGCCGGACGCCCAAGCGGUGAUCCAGAACCUUUCUUCCCGGGCGGCCAAACCAACAGCCAAGGCGAUGAAGCUGAUCAAGCACCUGGUUGGGUACCUAUGGGGGACCCAGGGCUAUGGUGUGAACUUGUGCCUGGCCCCCGGCAAGUCUGUGAUGAACUUCGCGCGUGGCAAGCUGACCCCCGACGAGCCCAUCACCGAGCACCUUGUGGAAGGCUACUCUGACUCCAAUUUCGCCAACGACCGCACCACCCGCAAGAGCUUGAGCAGCGGCCAGAUCUACAUCGACCAGGCGCUGAUGUACAGCUUUGUGCGGGGCCAGAAGGUGGUUACUUUGAGCUCGGGCGAGGCGGAACUUGUCGCCUUGACCCAGGCCACCAGCGAGGCGAUCUUAGUGCACAAGGCCUGGGUUUGGACCACGCAAGAGGAGGCCAGGCUGGUGAUGAGGAGCGACUCGUCGGUGGCAAGAGCCAUCGCCAGCCGAUUGGGAGUCGGCCGGGUGAGGCAUUUGCAAACAAGCUGCCUAUGGAUACAGCAGUGGGUGGCGGCCAAGACGCUACGAGUGGCGGCGGUGCCCACUCAGUUCAACCCAAGCGACAUGGGCACGAAAAGCCUGCAGCAGCGGAGGUUGAAGAUGCUGUGUUUCCUAGCCGGCAUGGUGGACGACCAUGGUAACCACAUUGGCCAGGAGGAGCAUGCUGAAGCCCUUGGCCGAGAUGUUUUGGGACGUUCUGGCGGCGACCUUAUGGUGAGAAUGGUGCAGGCCUUGAUGGUGAUGACCAUGCAGGGCUGCAGUGGGCCGGACAGCGGCCAGACGGGAAUCUACCUGGAGGCGGU